AUGACAGAGGUUGGUGAAGAUCUGGUAGAGAAAAUCCUGUCAACUCUGCGUCCCAAGGCUUUGGCACAAUUGAAAUGCGCCUCGAAAGGGUGGUAUGCACUGAUCAACAAUCCCAAGUUCGUAGCUAAGCACCUCUCCAAUUACAAUUCCAAUUCCAACCAUCUGCUCUGUAUGAAGAAGCGUUUAGUCUCCAAGAACAUCAAGGACACUGCUAAUGAGACUGCAGAAGAAGAAGAAGAGCUAGUGUUUUCGUUGCUUAAUUUAUGCAAUAAUGAUGAUGAUAUUGAUAAUGGUGAGGACAACAUUACUGUCUCUAUUGUCGAGGAUAUCAAGAUUCAUCUUUGUAUGAGUCUAAAGACUAGAGGCGAAGCAGUUCAUAUUGUAGGGCAUUGCGAUGGAAUCAUCUGUCUAUUUCUAGGAGUUCUAGUUAAAUGUUUUCAGCUGCUUUUAUGGAACUCAGCAAUUCAGGAAUUCAAUCUUCUUCACCCCUUUCCAUACCUUCAAGAUGUUGAUUGGGAAGAAACUCUGUGGUUCAAGUAUGUUCAGGGGUUUGGAUAUGAUCCUAAAUUGAAGCUCAUUCCCUAUGUUCUUGUUGUGGUUUCAGGAAAGGAGUCCAUGAGUGGACGUGUUAGUGAGAUACCAGAAUUGUCUUGA